UUUUUAGUUUAGUUGAAGUGUGUCCGGAGCAGAGGAACAAUAGCGAAAGAGGCAAGGACAGACGUGGAAGGAGGAGAGAGAGAGAGAAAUGAAAAAGCGAGAAAGAGAGAAAAUGGAAAGAAAGAUGCGAAUGAGUCAAUUUUUUGAAAUCCAACAGCUACAAUUCUCCAAUUCCUUCUUACCAAAUCCAAUUAUAUUAAAUACCCAUCUCUGAAAACCUUCCCUCUUCAUUACCCAGAUUUUGGUUUCUCCAGUUUUGAUCAGAUUUCUCUGUGUCUCAACGAUUUCCCCUGCUUUUCGUUGGGCUCUGGGUUGUUUACAGCAACCCUUCUUGUUUCUGAUCAAUCUGUUUAAAUUAUUUACUUUUUCCAUGCCUCUAUACCUCUGUGUCCUCUGUUUAUCGAUCAAUCUCUCUUUUCGCUCUCCUUGAAAUUCAAAGUUUUCCAAGUAUUUUCAAGUUGAAGCCGUUGUCAUCUGAUUCUAUUCUGUUUCUCAAACAUUCUCUACAAUUUCACCCACUUUUCAGAAAUGAUAUUCAUCUCUCUCCGCUGAAAUCCUCUGUUGAAUCUUUAAAUUUCAUCCCUUUUCGGGUUUUAUUCUCAUAUUAAAUUCAAUUCCCCUGUUUUUUUUUUCCCGGCGUCCAGUUUCAAAGCCCAUCUGGAUUUUUGGGGAAUCAAAUCAUGGGAAUUCAGAAAGACAGAAUAAGAUUGAACGUAGGAGGCAAAAUCUUCGAGACAACCGUCACAACCCUCGCUAACGGCGGCCGCAAUUCGCUGUUUGGAGCAAUGUUCGAUGACAAUUGGAAUUUUCAAUUCAAUAACUCCGAUGAAUACUUUAUCGAUCGCAACCCCGAUUGCUUCGCCGUCCUCCUCGACCUCCUCCGCACCGGCGAACUCUGCAUUCCCGCCAACAUUCCCGAGAAACUCCUUUACCGUGAAGCCCUCUUCUACGGCCUUCUCGACCACAUCCGCUCCGCCAAAUGGGGCCAAUUCGACGGCAACAGGCUCAGACAUUCAAAAUCUGUAAUGGGUCGAGCUCCCGGCGACGGCACGGCCAUUCGAGCCGGCCCGGACGGUGGCUGCUGCGUCGCACAUGGCAGCAUGGUUCAUGUCUAUGAUUGGAUGCUAGAAGAGCACCCUCCAAUCCAUCUUGAUUACCAGAGAGUUAACGAUGUGGGGUGGAUCGACCCCGGGAACAUUGUGAUCAGUGCCUGCGAGCGGUUAGGCCGCGGAGACGGCGGCAUGGGGCUGUUCAGCUCGUCGACAGGAGAGCUAAGGUCGAAGUUUCAAGUGACGCAUGACAAUCAAGUGAAGAGCUAUACUGCCGGAGCUCUGGGUUUUAGUUCAGAUUAUAGGAUUUUUGCUAGCUGUAAAGGUCGGAGCAAUGAGUAUGGGAUUGGAGUUUGGGAUCAGAUUACAGGGAAACAGAUUGAUUUCUUCUACGAACCUUCUGGUUGGUCUCUUGGUGAUGCUGACAAGCUUCAGUGGCUGCAAGGAACCAACUGUUUGAUGGUGGCAACUUGGUUUCCCAGGAAAGACAACUGUUACAUUAGUUUGCUGGAUUUUAGGGAGAAGAGGAUGGUGUGGUCUUGGUCUGAUAUGGGAGCUCCAGUAACAGCUGAUGGACGGCGGGUUCGGGAUGCUAUAGCAAUGGAGGAGAAUAGUUCCAUAUGUGUUGUUAAUGAGUAUGAGGGUCUGGGUUUCAUGGAUUUAAGGAGCAGAGCUGCGAGUGUGAGAUGGAGCUCGAGGAGUAGGUUGAUGGAGGGGAAGAUGCCCGAUGAGGCAUGUUACCCGAAACUGGCGCUGCACGAGGGGCAGCUAUUUUCCUCCAUGAAUGAUAGCAUUUCCGUAUUUUGUGGGCCUGAUUGGGUGUUGACGUCUAGGCUUCGAAGGAGCUAUGGAGGUUCCAUUUGUGAUUUUUCAAUCGGUGGAGACAGGCUCUUUGCCCUUCACAGUGAGGAAAAUGUGUUUGAUAUAUGGGAGACUCCAUCUCCGCCCAUUAUAUGAUUCACCAGGGGAUCGUCUCUGCUCUUUUUCUCCUAGUCCUAGAUUUGCACAAAGGAAACAAAACGAAUGAAGCUUUGGUUAAUGCUCCUUAGAUUAAAAAAGAAAUAUAGUGUGUAUUUAGGAUUUUAGACUUGUGGAAUUUGAGUUUUGUUUCCCAGUCAACAUACAGAAAUGAAAGUGAUUGCCUAACUACCAUAAUUUGAA